AUCUCUACACCCAACAUGGGGUUCAAACUGACAAUCCCUAGAUCAGGAGUCGUGGGCUCUCCCAGCUCAGUAGAACUCAACAAAAAUCCAGUGGAAGGCUUUUCAGCAGGUUUAAUAGAUGACAAUGAUCUUUACCGGUGGGAAGUCCUUAUCAUUGGUCCCCCUGACACACUUUAUGAAGGUGGUGUUUUUAAGGCUCAUCUCACUUUCCCAAAAGAUUAUCCCCUCCGGCCUCCUAAAAUGAAAUUCAUUACAGAAAUCUGGCACCCAAAUGUUGAUAAAAAUGGUGAUGUAUGCAUUUCCAUUCUUCAUGAGCCUGGGGAAGAUAAAUAUGGUUAUGAAAAGCCAGAGGAACGCUGGCUCCCCAUUCACACUGUGGAAACCAUCAUGAUUAGUGUCAUUUCAAUGCUGGCAGACCCUAAUGGAGACUCACCUGCUAACGUUGAUGCUGCGAAAGAAUGGAGGGAAGACAGAAAUGGAGAAUUCAAAAGGAAAGUUGCCCGCUGUGUAAGAAAAAGCCAAGAGACUGCUUUUGAGUGACAUUUAUUCAACAGCUGUAACUUCAUUAUUUCAGGGUGUGGGCUGGUAGGGAGAGAGGGCACGGGGUAGAGGCGAACCCUCCCAUCCCACAGAUCAGCAGCAGGACCACAUUCUGGGCCACCAGACAGGAAGACUCUAUCUUACUAUUCUGCGUUAAGGCUAGAGGGAUUAUUUUAGUUCUCUACUGCUGUGUUGCAAAUUGUCUAAAAUCCUGUGGCUUAAAACAACAUUUUUAAAAAAAGAUUUUAUUUAUUUGAGAGAAAGCGAAAAGCACAAGCAGGGCGAGGGGUGCAUAUUCUCUCCACUGCUUAGUCGAGACCAUGUGUGGUGUAAGUGAUGAUCCCAAGCAGACUGCAUCCUUGGUGGGUUUCAUGCUCGGGUCACUGAAGGCUUAGCCCCCGCACCUCACCCAGGCUUCUGAACAUCAAGGCUCCUGCCAUGUUAAGCCUUUCUGACCUCCUGAAACACUCCACCGUAUCUGCUGCAGGGCUGUUGAACUGCAACCCCCUGAUACCGGCAGCCUGCCCAACCUUGUUAGCCGUCUCCAGUAAGUCCCAGAACAGAAGAUUAAGUUUGAAAAACACAACUAUUUUAGAAGAAAAUAAGGGAGAAUGUCAAGAUAGAGAAGGACUUGUUAGGUACAGAAAACACCUGGAGAAGGGAAAAAUCUAUAAAUUUGUGUCAAAACCGAAAACGUAAAUAUUAUGACAAGACAAUAAACUUAAAAACAAGCAGCAGACUGGGGAAAGAUUGUCUAUCUGGUGUUCAGGAUUUGUAUCUAGAAUCUCCACCAGCUUGUGUAAAUCAGUGGGAAAACAAGCAGUACAAAGGAAAAUGAUCUGUCUAGGUAAUGUGAAAAAUAACUGCAUUUGUAAUCAGAAAUAUGAAGGUACAGGGAGGUAGCAUCACAUUGACUGGAUUGUCAAAAAUCAAAAUGUUUGAGAAACCCAAAUGUUGGUGAGGAUUUGGGGAAACGGUGUCCUUGAAGUACGGGAUGAGUGAAGGCGCGUCAGCGUUGCAGAGCAGGUUGGCGAUAUGUGGUCUGAGCCGCACACCUCCUGCCCCGCGAGGUCGGGCUGUGGGUUGGAGACAGGCUGGCUCGUGUACACCGCUUGCAGCGCUGUGUGUCAUUUUUAAAAGGCCCCUCAGCAGGAUUGAUCAGUUAUGAUUGAUACAGUGGAAUAUUACCCAGCAACUAAAUGCAUGUGUAGUAUAGACUUGGUUAUAUGUAACCAGGUGGUUAAGUUUAAAAAAACAGUCUUGAGUAGGAAAAGCAAUUUGCAAAAAAGAAAAAGCAUCGAGUAGGGUACGGUUCAUCUGAGUUAAAAAGUACAACCUACUCGCUGUGUGGUAAAGAGCUUUUUUAAAAGCAGGGACUUGAAGAAAUACAUAAAAUUCAUAAAAUUUGCAGUGGUCCCUAACUUUGGGAGGAAGAGGGCACUGGGAAACAGAGGGCUUUGCCUUUUCCCCUUAACUGUCUGCUUUGGAGCACAUUUGGCUCAUCUUCUUCCCUCCCCGCAGGAGAGUAAACGGACCGGGAGAGUGGGAACUGCCUGUUGGCCACAUCCACAGCUUAAUGUAGUUUUGACCUGUAGUCUGUGUGGUUUGACACUGGUGACACCCCUCUGGAGGCGUCUCCCGUCCUCGCCCACGCGAGCUAGGGCUCUGUCUCUGCUGCUGCUCCCUGCCCGCCUCUUUAUCGCUGCCCCUCUUCUGUGCUCACUCCCGUCCCCAGCUGCGGGGACAAAGCAUGACGGUGCUCUGCAAACAGAAGCUUCUCCGUGUGAGCAAAAAUUCUGUUCCCGGAGGGGACCACUGACACACACAGUAGCUUCGUCUUCAGAAAUCGGACUCCUCGCAGCACUCAGGCACAAGUGAUGCACGUGUCUGUGUAUAUAGUAACGGGCAGAGACAUAGAGUACUUUCUAAAAUUUUAACAUGGACUUUGCUAGUUCAGUAGGAUUUGUGUAUAUCGAUGUGAUAAUACAGGUCUGCUUUCUAACAGUUGCGGAUCAUUAAGGAUGAAGGUUUGUAUUUUGAAGUGGGAGCUGACACCAAGAAUAGGUGACCCUGAGCACAUUUCAGUUCUUGUUAAUGAUUUUGGUUCAUUUCCUGCCAUUUGCACAGGUGUUGUUGUCCUAUGUGGUACGCCGCUGACUGCUCUAGCCAGUCAGACACGGCCGAUACGGAAUGGCCCUGGCCGAGACUGGGGGUACCCAGAGUAGAGACAGAGGUUCACUUAGAAGGGCCAGGGACAACCUCCUACGCAGUCGCCACAUUUCAGGGCAGAAGGAAGAAGCAAACCCGUGGGCUGGUGGGUCACAGGAGGGGAGCCAGACUGUGUGAGGUGCUUUGGGCCUCAGAAAAGAAGUGGCUCUGGAUGGUCACGGGUGCCCCGGCGCGGAAGAAGAGUGGGCUGGUGGUGGGGUGCUGCCGCCUCGAGGGGCGCCGGGGGCAUCUGUGUGGAAGGUAUGGGAAGCGCCCCCACACGCAGGGACUGCUCUCGGUGAAGAAUGGUUGAGAUUACUGGGGCAUUUAUUCCUGAAUGAGGAAUUACUUUUGUUAUUAUCCUUAACAUCAAAAGUGUUUUUUAUUUGGAAGCAUGCUUGCCUGAUACAUAUUUUUUUUUAGACUUUAAAAAAAAUUGAGUUGUGUAGCCACAUAGGAAAUUGAUUUGAUUCUAGUUUUAGAAAUAAAUAGACCAAGAUACUGAUGUCCUUUAGAGAUGAACCAUCUCCAGAUUUGUAGGUUAAAAAUUGGGAAUAAUACGAAGUUUUGAGGUAAAAAAAAACCAGAUACUUAGUUAUUUCAUAAAGACAUACAAUUGAUAUAAUUUCAAUUAAUAUCAAAUGUAUGUGAUUUUAAUAACAGGUAGAUGUAGUUUAAGUUGGAAAUGGGACACACUUACAAAACAUAAAUGACUGUCAGAGGUCAGGACCAUCAGUUUAAAUAAAUAGGGUGUGACCAGGGAGAUUCAGUUGCACAUUUAUCUUUCUAGAGAAAAGACUGACAGACUUGCUUUUAAUGUACUGUACUGAGGCUUUUUCCCUGUUUAGAAUACGUUUUGUUCAUGGGAGAAAACAGAUUUUUCUAUUCCUGCUGAAAAAGUUAAUGCUAUUUAAAGCUGGGUUGCCUGAUUUUAGGUGUUUAAUGACUGAGCAGUCAGUCCCCUCUGGAGUAUUUUUCUUUUUAAAACUUUACACGGACCGUUUUUAAAGUGAUUGUUUCAUGGCCCUGAAAUUUCUUGUUUGUGUCCUCGGGGAAUGAUUAUAGAAUCUCUGUACCCAGCUCUGUUUCAGCCCUGAGAGCUUAAAUGGCCAGGGACUAAUUUGGGUGUGGUUGGUCUAGUCUUUGGAAGAACAUUCAAGUAACAUCACCUAAAAGUUAUAUAAUGCCUAUUCUGUAAUGAUGUGUCUUUGUUUCAGUAAUGUCUUUAGAUUUUCCACCGAAACAUCCGUGCACAUUUUGUGUGUUUGUGCACCAGUGGAAGAGCUUGCUUCUGGGGAAUGUGAUGUGCGCAUUUCUGGCGCGCUCCUGGCUUUGCCAGCGGCCGAGAGCAUUGACCAGCACAACCCCUUUGGAAGGAAAUGGAGCAGUCAUUCUGCCUCUCAGGCGCUAUUUUGCGGAGGUGGUCCACGUCAGGGAAAUGGGCGCAUGCAGGGCCACAUGUGGGUAGGCCCACAGCUUGCUUUCCACCCACAACAGAGCUUUGGUACGGUUGAAUUUGGGUGAUGGUGAGGUUGAUAAAUUCGUUUGGGCCUUUAGAAGACACACUGUGGUGUGACUUAAAUAUUUGUCCUAACUCUGAGCAUGCCUGGCUUCUUUGUUAGGAGCUUAACAUUAUGUCCUUUGACUCUCCAGUCAUCUUCUGUUCAGGUUCUUUGUGCCCAGCACUGUGCCUGGCAGACAGAACAGGUGUGUGAGUUUCUGGAACACCUGGAUCUGAUAGAAGAACAGGAUUCUCCUCCCUGCUCCCCUGUGUACUCAGAGCACACAACAGUAACAGUUCUGAAGGGAAGUCCAAUCAUUAACUUAGACUUUUUUGCGUGUGUUUUUUUUUGUUUUGUUUUGUUUUGUUUUGUUU